AUGGGGAAGCGCAGGACCCACCCCCCAGGCGACAGGAAAUUCCACGCUCCCAAAGCCAAGCGGAUCCUUCGGGAAGUACCUGGAGCUGCUGGCUCAGCCAUGCCCAUUCCUUCUCAGAGCAGUGAUCCCAAUGAAGAUCCUGCCAGGAUGGACCCCCAGGCUAGAUCCAAUCUCGUGGAAUUUGUUGGGUCCAACAGCAAGAACAGUGGUGGCAGGGCAGAUCCAGAGAGGAUCCUUGUGGGAGAAGAUGGAGCCAGAUCCCCACAGGAAGGGAGAGACAAGGGAAUUGGAGGCAACAGAGCACUGGGAUCACCGAAAGAGGGCAUUUCCAAAGGGAUGAAAGAGAAUCAUCUGGAAUUGCCCCAGCUGGAAAUUUUGGAAGUGGAUGGAACAGGAAAGGAUGAGCUGGAGUCACCAAAACCAGGAAUUUUGGAUGGGGCAGGAGAGAAUUGUCCAGAAUCACCAAACCUGGCAAUUUCAGAGGUGGACUGGGCAGGACAGGAGCCCCCAGAGUCAGUGAAACAUGUAAUUUUGGAUGGAAUGGAACAGAAUCAUCUGGAAUCAUCUCAGCUGGGAAUCUUGGAGGGGUGUGGAGCAGGAAAGGAGCAGCUGGAGUCUGCCCAGCUGAGAAUUCCAGAGGCUGAUGGGGCAGGAGAAGAUCAGUUGGAGUCAGUGAAACUGGGAAUUUUGGAUGGAAUGGGAGAGGAUCACCUGGAAUCAUCAAAACCAGGAAUUUCUGAGGUGGUUGGGGCAGCAGAGGAGCAGCUGGAAACACCAACACAUGGAAUUUCGGAUGGGGCAGAAGAGGAGCAUCCAGAGUCAGUGAAACCAGGAGUUUCAGAGUCAGAUGGGGAAAGAGAGGAGCAGCCAGAGGCACUGAAACAGGGAAUUUGGGAUGGGGAAGAAGAGAAUCAGCUGGAAUCGCCAAAACAGGGGGAUUCUGGAGCACACAGAUCCAGCCCUGAGGACACGGUGACAGACACAGCCCCUGCAGAGAGUUCAGAGAUGCUGAAUGCAGCGGGAGAGGGGGAAGAAGGUGCCCUGGAGGAGGAAUGUGGCACUGGGAUUGCCCCAAGCAUGGACACAGGGUUCCCAGAUCAUCCCAGACAUCCCCAGAGCGGUGGAGGGCAUGCAGAGAGCAGGAAUUCCCAGAGCUGGAAUUCCAGUACGGCGACACCAGGACUAGAUCCGGCAGCCACCAGUACCGAGCUGCAGGACCAUCGGGAAGGGACCAGCCCAGAGCUCCCAAUGGAGAAGCCAUUCCCGGAUGCCACCGGGCAGCAGCCAUGGACCACUGUAGGCCAGAUCCACACUGGAUCCACAGGGAACAGCCCAGCACAGCCAUGGGAGAGGUGGGUGAAUCCAGGAAUAAAAUCCUGA